AAAUUAAUCAAUUCAGCCCAUCCAAAAUCGGUCCAUUGGACUCACCAUAUAUAAUGUCUCUAACCCUAACUCCCCUGUAUAAUCUCUCUAUCCAUCACUGUCGCCCCAAAAUCCGUACUAUUGCAGCACCCCUCAAGAGAGACGUUCCAGGUAAUACAAUUUUCUCUUCAUCAACACACAUGAGAGUCAUCGUUUAAUUCGAUGCUCUCUGAAAAUCUUCGUGUGUGACCUUCUCCGUUUUCCCCUGUUCAAAUCCUGAUUUUAAUCUCAUUCACUGCUUGUUCGUUGCUGAAUCGGGCUCCACCGAUGAAGGGUAGUCUGUGCGGUGUAUAGGAUCUGUGUUUGACCGGUUGCCCGACCUUAUUAGGAGUUUGAUAUUGAACACAAUGGCCGAUAUGUACCAGCACCCCACUAUCUUUCAGAAGGUUGGUUACCAGGUACACCUUAGCUCAAGUGCUUCCCAAGAUGCUGUAGCCUUACACGGGGGAGCACAAAGUCCUGCUGUCUAUCAAAGAAAAUAUGGAAACUACACCAAUGCAGGAUUGCAUUCAUUCCAAACCUUCAAGGACCGAUCUCUGAUCGCUGCAAAUGCUUCACCAGUUUUUGUGCAGGCUCCCUCUGAGAAAGGAUUUGCAGGUUUUGCUAUUGACUUUCUUAUGGGUGGAGUUUCUGCUGCAGUUUCCAAGACUGCAGCCGCCCCUAUUGAGCGGGUUAAACUUUUGAUUCAAAAUCAAGAUGAGAUGAUCAAGUCUGGGAGGCUCUCUGAACCUUACAAGGGGAUUGGAGAUUGUUUUGGCCGAACUAUUAAGGAUGAGGGAAUCAUGGCGUUGUGGAGAGGAAACACAGCUAAUGUCAUCCGUUACUUCCCCACUCAGGCAUUGAACUUUGCUUUCAAGGACUACUUUAAGAGACUCUUCAACUUUAAGAAAGACCGUGAUGGCUACUGGAAAUGGUUUGCUGGAAACCUUGCCUCUGGUGGUGCUGCUGGUGCUUCUUCUUUACUCUUUGUGUACUCAUUGGAUUAUGCUCGUACUCGCCUGGCUAAUGAUGCUAAGGCUGCAAAGAAGGGAGGUGAAAGGCAAUUCAAUGGUUUGGUUGAUGUCUACAAGAAGACACUUGCUUCUGAUGGUGUUGCUGGACUUUACCGUGGCUUUAACAUUUCAUGUGUUGGCAUCAUUGUGUAUAGGGGUCUUUACUUUGGUUUGUACGACUCCAUAAAGCCAGUUGUCCUAACUGGAAACUUACAGGAUAGUUUCUUUGCCAGCUUUGCUCUUGGUUGGCUGAUUACAAAUGGUGCUGGACUUGCUUCAUACCCAAUUGAUACUGUCCGUAGAAGGAUGAUGAUGACAUCUGGUGAAGCAGUCAAGUACAAAAGCUCUCUUGAUGCCUUCUCUCAGAUCCUCAAAAACGAGGGUGCAAAAUCCCUCUUCAAGGGGGCUGGUGCAAACAUCCUCCGUGCUGUUGCCGGUGCUGGUGUUCUAGCAGGAUACGACAAGCUUCAGGUGAUUGUGUUUGGAAAGAAGUAUGGCUCUGGUGGGGCUUAAAAUUUAUUUUGUUACUCUUUAGCGUUUCUAAGAUGGUGAUGAAAAUGUUGGAGUUUUAAAUUAAAAACCAUUAUAGUUGAAAUAGUUCCCAUUUGAAUAACUCAUUUCUAAGAGGGUUUGAAAACCAAUCCUUUCUUUUCUUUAUGUUUCUUGAGGAUAUUUCAUUUUUGCAGACUUUUAGUUAUCAAGGGUUUACAUAUUGUAGUGGAGAGUACAUUUUUACAUCUUGCAAUGUAAUUGUUACUCCUACGAUUUAAUGCAAUUUUAUUCCU